AUGGUCCGAAGAAAAUUACAGUGGAAAUUAGCUUUGUUUUUUUAUUUAAUACUACUUAAUGUUUUUACGAAAAGUUUACCGAUAGAUAAAACAAUAUUAGAGUCUACUACAGUAUCCGAUACUGCUUUUAACAGUUUGCCAAUAUUAGAAAUUCCAACUGACGUACCGUUGAGAAGCAAUGUAGUUACAAAUGUACAAGUUCAAAACGCAACGGCGACUGAAAGAAAUAUUACAAGAAACAUAAUAGUAAGUGAAGUAAGACCUGGUCAAAACGCGGCUGCCUAUUCAAUAGAAUUAAAUUUUGAUGGAGAUUCAUUCGAAGGCCGGGCGAUAAUUAAUGUCCUUUUGAGGGAUGACACAUUAGAGGAUGAAAUAUUGCUACAUGCAGAGGACAUAACUGUAAAUUCAGUAGUUAAAAUACUAGACAAUUCGCAAUUAAUACCUCUGGACUAUACAGAAGAUGAUGGAAUACUGGAGAUUUCAGUACCAGAUAAUCUAAUUGCAACUCGACAUAAUCUGCAUAUUGAGUACUCAGGAUCUUUCGAAAGUAAUGGACAUGGGUUGCAUCUAGGAGAGUACGGGGGAAACUCGUACGUUGCCAUGAACCUGUACCCAACCCAUGCAAGGCGAGUCUUCCCCUGCAUGGAUGAACUAACGCAGAGGCCCAAUAUUUCAUUCUCGUUCAAUGGGCUCGAUUACAAUAACAUCGUUACAAAUUCCAUGCCCCAACAGAACAGUCAGACUCAGUUUCGAGGACUGACCGGCACACCGCACUCGUGGGGUAUGAUGGCACAUAAUUUUGAUUUUUUAGUUACACCGCAUACAAACGUACAGAUUUUUGGACGACCAAACCUUCAAGGUGUUCAACACGACCAAGCAUCUGUGGCCAUAAGCUCUUACUUUAGUUUCCUCAAUGAAUGGACUAACAGGAAUUAUUUUGAUAUUGUGUUUGAACAAGAUGGCAGAAUGCUCAUUUUUAUUUUACCUGAUAUUUCAACAGACUGGUAUUCACUUUCGAUAGUGGGAUUAUGGGAAGGUUAUGUAUUUAUGGAAAAUACGCAUUCCAUUAAGCAAAGAAGAAUUGCUUUAGUAAAGAUCGCUGAAGCUAUGGCAAGUCAGUGGUUUGGAUACCUGAUAUACCCGAAUAACUGGAGAAACCAAUGGAUUAUCUCUGGCUUCGCAUCUUACGCCGCAUGGGAAGCUGUUUACUCGUUUCAAACAAGUAGUUCAGACAAUGAUAUAACGAUGUUGGAUGUUAAUACUCUAUUUGUAACAGAAGUAAUACAGGAAUCACUACUCCUUGAUAGCUACGCAAGUUCUCAAGUCUUAGAACCAGAGGAAAGUCUCUUCGACGAAGUAGAAAUUAGAGAUCAUAUUAAUGGUCUUGUGAAGCUCAAAACACCAGCAAUAUUUAGAAUGUUAAGGCUUAUUCUUGGAGACGAAGAAGAUGAUUUCAUUCACCGUGCAGCGCAAAGUAUAGUCACCAAAGAACCUCUCACCGCAGUAAUCUCGCGUGACUUCUACGAUGCUGUUGUAACUAAUUGGUUUCAAGCUGGUAAAGAUUUGAUAGAAAGUAUUAGUGAUUACAUGGAAACGUGGCUGCAUAACUCUGGCUAUCCAGUUGUACAUGUCACUUUAAGAUCAGGCGGAGUCUUCUUGACACAGGAACGCUUUGCCUUUACAAAUGUAGAACAAAUUGAAUAUCCGAUCCCUAUAACAUACGCAACCAGUCUCAAUCCCGAUUUCGAAGACGAAAAUGUAUAUCCGAACUUGAUGCUUGAGCAGAGUUUAUCAUUGGAUGUUGCUAUGGAGGACGAGGGUUGGAUUCUCUUCAACAUUCAAGGACAAGGUUACUAUCGUGUUAAUUAUGCUGACGAGUUAUGGGAACACAUUAUUGAAGCUCUCGACGACCCAGAAAGAAGAGAAGAAAUACAUCCAUUGAAUAGAGCUACCUUGAUAGAUGACGCUCUAAAUUUAGCGAGAGCCGGAAAACUUAGCUACGACAUAGCAUUAGAAUUGGUUUUAACUAUGGAACAUGAAACAGAGUAUGCGGUUUGGAAAGCAUUCGUAAGGAAUAUGGACUUUUUAAGGAAACGUUUAACAGCACUAGUAUUAGACGACGAAGAUUUGGAUCAAGACAUCUAUUUGAGGAUGGUUCGAAGGACAGUGGGCCUUGUAGAAGAUGAGCUUAGUUUCUACCCGGAUACUCGAACCAGUGAGGGAUCUAUGGUUUCCUUAACUCGAGGCCUGGUGAUGGAUCAUGCUUGUAGAGCCAAUUAUGAUCCUUGUAUCGCAGCAGCUGUCGAUUGGUUCUACGACUCUGAUGGCGAAGUCAAUCCAGACAUACCUUAUGACAUUCGACCAGCGGUCUAUUGUACGAUGGUGAGGGAAGGUGAUGACGAUGUGAUAGAAGCUUUACAAGACCGUCUUGAAAUAGAACGUACCAUGUAUGAACGUGUCGUCAUACUCGAGUCCUUAGGCUGUUCGCAAGAUGAAGAUUUUAUUAACAGCCUUCUUGAUGAAACAAUAAGCAAUAACAGUCCUUAUAGCAUAGAAGAAAGGUCUAAAAUAUUCGCAGCAGUCGCUUCAGCAAGCUACGAUAAUGCUUUUAUUGCAAUGAAUUUCAUGUCAAGAAGAACAAAUGACAUAAGGGAAAAGUACGGUGGUUCUGAGAAAUUAGAAGAACUUAUAUUCAUUCUCGCAGAUAAUAUGGCUAAUCAAGAACUAUCGACAGAGUUUCAAAUAUGGGUGAACUCAGUACUCAGCAAUUUAGAUGACUCUGAGGAUAUUGCAAGAAGGGCGCUCGAAAUGGUAAUCACUCAUUUAACUUGGGAUCAACAGCAUUUAGAAGAUGUUUAUGAGUGGAUUGAUGAGAACGAUGCACGUACGUUAACUGCAUCUCUAUUUGUAUUAGUCACAACACUAUGCAUUGCAUUCUUACAGCAUUAGUUAACUGUGUUUUUUUUUUAAACUUGGAAUCGUAU